AUGCCUCAAGCACAGCCAGAGUUGAAGAAGCUUAACGGCAGUCGCAAGGUCAUUGGCGUCCUCCGUGGUUACGAUGUCUUCUUGAACAUUGUCCUGGAUGAUGCCGUUGAGGAGAAGGCUGGCGGCGAGAAGGUUAGAAUCGGCCAAGUUGUACGUCCACCAACAUCGUCUGCGCUUCAUUACACCUUACUGAUCCUGCUCAGNGUCAUCCGUGGCAACUCGGUUGUCAUGUUGGAAGCGCUGGAACGCAUGGACGAACACGACCGACGAUGA